UGUAAAUUGGACUGUUUUGUGAAAAAAUGUUUUAUUUUUAAUUCCAUAAAUUUUAACUAAUAUAUUCAGUAAUUAUAUCCAUGUUACCAACUUUAUUAACAUUAUGUUGUAAAAUAUUUAAUAAUGAGUUUAAGUUAAAUGGAAAGUGACGUUUUUUUCGGUGAAAGCGACUUGGAAAAUGUAAAGUCACUUGCUCUUCCCGAAGGCUCCACCUGCCUAGUCUGCUUCGACGACCUCUCAAACCAGAACAUGGUCGCCUACAAGGCUAACAAAGACUCCUCCUGGUACUUGUCAACAUUUUGCAUAAAUUGUAUCAAAUAUCUACUCAAAAUUCAGUUUCAUAAAUAUUUGAAUACUUUGUCGACUACAAACUGUGCUAAGGAGCAGAGAACGUUAUUGGAUCGAGGGCCUCCAAUUAAUGUGAGUGAUCGUCUCGGGUUUCCGGAGGCUGGAAACGCUGAGGUUUACUCACUUUUCGAUUUUGGAACUCUUACUCCUUUAAGUCCGAAAUUAGAUGGAAGUAAGACAGGGAAGGAGAGGAUGGAACUGUGGGAGGAACUUAAUAAAUUUAGAUUUAAAAACGACACUGAGGAAUAAAU